AUGACAAUAAAGCUUGGAGUGCCUCGUUCUCUUCACCAGCAGCUGGAUCUUGAGAAGGUUAAGUCUAUCUUCCCAUAUGGGAGGAUUCUUAAUGUGGAGGUUGUGGAUGGAGGACUGAUUUGCUCAAGCGGUGUUCUAGUUGAAGAAAUGGGUGAUAAAAACGAAGAUUGCUACAUUGUGAAUGUCGCCGUUUACGUUGGCUACUAG